CGUACGAAGUUUUGAGUUAAUUUAGAAAUUAAAUAUUUUUCACAACCACAUAGCCUCUACGAUGCCACUCCAGUUCCUUAGACCAAUGGGCCUACCCAGAUCAACCACUUUACGAUAUUUCCUCGGUGUCGCUAGGCUAUCUACAAACUCCACCUCUGCCACCUCUGCCACCUCUGCCUCCUCAAGUUCAACCUCGACCUCAACAUCUACUCCUCCACAAAUUACGUCUGCGGAAGCCCCAAAUCAACCGUACCAUGUAUCUCGAACACAUUCAAAAAAUUUGCCAGUAUAUGGACGUGCCAAAGCGGGUGGUAACUUGAAGCAGACAAUAAUUAGAAAGAUAGAAGGGGAUAUUAUGAAGUUGAAGGAGCAAUUAGAAGGGGCACUCUUUAAUAAGGAGGUCCGCGUUAACCAUUUGACGAAGCAAAUUAUAAUCAAGGUACGCAUGCGGAACAGCCUUUGACGAGUUUAUUCCAUCAGUAUUCUGACUAUAUCACAGGGAUCUUGCCAAUUGGAAGUGAGGCAAUUCCUGGAGGAGCGACAUUUUUAAUGGAAUACUUGCAGCACGCUAUGUGGACGACUAAGAAUUUAUGCUGGCUUCGUUGUGUUUCCAAAGCAAUGUUUUGCCUUGACUAUCAUUCUACAGAAUCAUGCUUAUAUGUACAAUACACUCUUGCUUUUCAAGAGAACCAUCAUCCCUUGUACACAAAAAACAAAUACCAACCAUACCACAAGAAUCACGCACGUCAAGCAAAUGCCAC